UGAUGUGGGGGUACAGAGGACUGGAGAGGGUGGUUGGGGUGCCUCCGUGGGGGGUGGGAGAGAAGGUGCUGGGGCAUCUGAGAUGCUCGGAAACUGUGGAGACUGAGAUCCUGGCUGGAAGGCUGGUGUGGGUGGGGUAGUGGGGCUGGGUUUGGUGUAGUGGCAGGGCAGGCAGGGGGUGUUUUCCUGGACGCUCAGGGUUGCAGAGGACAGGAGCGAGGGGUGAGCAGAGCACUCCAAGGGAUGUGGACAGUCACGUGGGUGGGGCAGGGGUGACAGUGGUGGGCUAGAGACCACAGGGCCUCCAGUGGAAGCGGGGGAAUGAUGCUUGGGAGGCAGAGAGUGGGUGGGAGGACCCGCCCCAGCUGCAGACCCAGGAGGACAGGGGACUUCCUUGCCUGGGGGUGGGGUCCUCCAUGAUAUUGGGGCUUCAGAGGGCCGGGGAGGGGAGCAGCCCCGGGGGAGACACAUGGGGUGAGGGUUUCAGUGUGAGCCGCGCCCAUCACCUCUCUGGGACUGCUUCAUGGGAUGAGAGGAACCCGACUUGCCGCUGAGGCCUCGCAGGCUGUUCCCUGCUGCCGCCAGAGCUGCCAUUGCUGCCAGCUUCCUCCUGAGCCUCUGGUUGGUUCUGGCCCCUCUAACUGGACCUGUCUGUCUGAAGGUGGACCAGGCGCUCUGAGGCUGGCGUACAGACACAGCACGUGCGACGGAGUGGUGCUGGUCCGACACCACGGGGUGUGGGGAUACGUGUGCAACCAGGAGUGGACGCUGGCAGAGGCCUCUGUGGUGUGCAGGCAGCUGGGCUGCGGUCCUGCCGUGGGUGCCCCCAAGUAUGUCCCGCUGCCUGGAGAGAUGGCCCAGCCCUGGCUCCACAACGUGUCCUGCCGGGGCAACGAGUCCUCCCUCUGGGAGUGCAGCCUUGGCUCAUGGAGCCAGAGCCCGUGCCCCCACACGUGGGUGGUGGUCGCGCUGUGCUCCAACGGCACAUUCCGGGAGCUCCGGCUGGUGCAGGGCCGCAGUCCCUGCGCGGGGCUCCCCGAGAUCAGAAACGUGAACGGGGUGGACCGCCUCUGUGGCCUGCACAUGGAGGAGGCGAUGGUGUUCUGCCGGGAGCUGGGGUGCGGCCCUGUGCUCCAGGCCCCCCGCCGGGACGUGGGCGUCGUCAGGAAGUACCUGGCCUGCAGGGGCACCGAGCCCACCAUCCGCAGCUGCAGACUGGACAACAACUUUCGUGGCAGCUGCGACCUGCGGCUGGAUGCAGAGGUGGUCUGCUCAGGUGAGGCUGCCACGCGAUGUUCCCAGUGACCCUUGGGAUGAUGCUGGGCCUGGACCUGGGGAGAGCAGGGAGAAGGGGUGGGCGUCCCCACGGAUGGGGCUCCUGUCCCACAUGAGACAAUGGGUGCAGACGUGGUGCAUGUGUAGCUGGAGGGAACGGGGCUCAGCUCUCACGCUGGUUCUCAGCAGAGCGGAGCUGAGUUUCUGGUGGCCCCACAGAGGUGUCCUGGCUCAGAACCUGCAGGCCAUCUAGGGGUCCUGGCUGCUGGUGUAAGUCGGAGCUGCCUCAGCUGUGAUCUCUGCAUGUC